UCUUAACCCGUAGCUUAGGAUUGAAAACCCUUAAUAUAAUUUUCUAUAAAAGAUUACAUAACUAAUAUUACUUGUUAAUGAUUUAUUUAAAAUACGUAAAACAGAUGGGUCACCACAAUCUUUAAUAAAAUAUUCGAUAAAAGAUUACAUAACUAAUACUAAUACUACUUGUUAAUGAUUUAUUUAAAAUGCGUAAAAUAGAUGGAUCACCACCCUCUUGAUCCGGGGCCCUUCGACCGAGAGUUACUGUAUCUUCAGCCCGAGCAUAGGUCGCAACAUAUAUGGACAUCCGACCUGCAGCCUGAGUCUCAGGUCCGUACCCGGUUAGGGGACUCAGCAUGGGAGAUCUUAGCUGCUCGCCCACCACAUCCUCGUGUCCUGGAUAUACUACGUCGGGGCGGUAUCUACCGGUGCGUCGAAGUUGGUCGGGUACAGCACGAUAGGUCGCUAGUGACGGCAUUGAUUGAGAGGUGGCGACCGGAGAUGCACACAUUUCAUCUCCGCACCGGUGAGGCUACCAUUACCCUUCAGGAUGUGGAGGUCAUUUAUGGGCUACAAGUUGAUGGACGCCCAUUGUAUAUUGAGGAGCCUCCUGUGCUGCCGCCUUACCGGGGUGAGUUGAUUAGGCUCACCGGUUUCGCGGCUAUGGAUGGUCAUAUUUCUGGCUAGAGUCAGCUUUUGUUGUCGGCCCUUUACGCUCACUUGCGCCUCACAGACAUGCAGCAUCCGAUUGGAGAGGACACGCCUCAGGCUGAUGUUGAUCGACGUGCGCGUCUAUACCUACUCAUCAUAUUCGGGGCCAUCCUAUUCCCGAACACUUCGGGUUCGCAUAUGAGCUUGAGGUAUCUUCGGUAUAUCGACGAUCUCGCCGAGAUAGGAUGUUAUAGUUGGGGCGCUGCUGUGCUGGGCUACAUGUAUCGAGGAUUAUGCCGAUGUUCUAUGGGCACGAGGGUAGAGGUCCCUGCAUUUUGCUCGCUUCUUCAGAUAUGGGUGUGGACUAGGUUGAGACCUUUUCAGCCCAUACCAGCUGACCCUCCCGCUGACUAUCUUACUGUCCCGAUGCCAUACGCGCGGAGAUGGUCGCGAGGCGUACGCCGACGUGUAGAGACGCACCACAGCCUUCUCCCGUUUAGGGAUCAGCUAGACCGCAUGACGGCGCAGACGGCUUUUAUAUGGACGCCGUAUGAUCAUAUUUUGGAUGAGCUGCCGGCGUUUUGUAGGGCUGGUCAGCACAUGUGGAUGUCGCGGUGUCCAUUGAUACAUAUGAAUAUCGUUGAGUAUCACGCGCCCGACCGCGUGUUACGGCAGUUUGGGUAUGUACAGAAUAUACCCGUGGCUACGGUUUGAGAGCAUGACCACUAUGCGAGGGACGAGCGUGCGGGCGUCGAUGAUGCAUGGCGACUCCAUAUGCAGCAGCAGGUCCAGAGUUGGGAUGUGAGGAUGGCGAGCCUAGCGGUGGUCGGACAUGACACUCCCAUCCAUGUGUACAUGGAGUGGUACAUGCGGAUCACUCGCAUCAUUAUUGGCAACCCCUCUAGGCGUCGUCCA